ACCAAGUGGUGGUGGAGGCUCUUUUGGGCAGUGCGCAAUCGCUAGCGCCCAACUCCCCACAUUCCCAGUGAAUAGUGAAAAGUUCCAGACACAUAGGUCCAGACAACUGAAUCAUCGCUGCCGCAAUCAGCAAAUCCGCAUCCGAAUUCUAGAGGCCAAAGUUUUACCCAAUAACCCACCAAGUAUGGAGAAGAUCUGGAAAAAGGUGUGCGAGCAUCACGAUGUGCCCGAGCAGGUGGCCAACGAGUGGUUUGCCCGCAUCCAGCAGCACCUCAGCUCCGAGGAUCCCGCUCGCGCCUAUCAUAAUUGGCAGGAGAUGAUGCAGCGCAAGGAGCCGCAUCUGGCUGGCGUAGCCGAUCCCAACAUUGUGCUGGCUGCCUUUUUCCAGUACUAUCAUUUCGAUGGCAACCGUAGCUGUGCCGAGCAGAAUUGCGAGGUCUUCGAGGAGUUUUGCCACGAUGCUGUCAUCGAGGAUGACCGCGCCAAGAGCCUGGUCUGCAAUUUGUUGGGGCGCAAGACUCCAGAGAACCAAUUAACCUGGUGCCAUGACGACGAGGCCAAUUUGCUGCAGGAUGUGGACUUGGUGGUGCUUGCUUCUUCGCCAGAGGAGUAUAAGCACUAUACAACUUUACUCCGCUCGGAGUACGCAAAUCUGGAUGAUGCCACUUACAAGGCCAUGCGCAUCAAGGUGCUGGAGACCCUGCUGAUGAUACCCUCAAUCUAUGCCACCGGGGACUAUCAUGACAAGUACGAGGAGUUGGCCCGCACCAACAUACGCAGCGAGAUCAACGAUCUUAAGAAGCAAUAGACUGGAGUUGGAGG